AAAAGUGUAGUAUUUUUGAACAACGUAUUGCACUUCUGUGAAUGCGAAUGUGUGUGUCGGUGUCACAAGUUAACUAUCCGCAAAUUGACAGCGGACAUGUGGACGCUAGCUCUAGCUAGCUCAGUAUGUAAAUAGGAACUAUGUAUAUGUGGAAAUAACGUGUUCAAUAACGCAAAGUGGUCUUUUCUAAUGUUAAGUAUUUUACGGAUUCAAAACUUUAAUUGAACUACUUUCCAACUUGAACAGCCUAACGUAGCUAGAAUAUAACUUGGCUAGCUUAGCUAGCUAAUAGGGUUUGGUGCGUCCUUUUUUGCAAACACUCAUCCCUGUUUAACAGCAGACAUUAGCUACCCCAGGCAAUUUGCCAUAACCAACGUUACAUAUUCUAGUCAGAUUGAAUAUCAAAUUGAACCAUGUUGGCUUGUAAAAGAUUACUGUGCAUUUUAAAGCACAGACAAAUAUGGACGUCGGUCAUGUGGAGAAAUGUCACGAACUGGUCACCAGUGGGAUCUGCCUUCAAUACUAGACCUCACAAAAGAUUUGAGUUGUUUGAGAAAAAUGUGGGUUUGUUUGGAAUGCCAGAGCUGACGUCCCCAGCUGGCUUUGAGAUCGCCACAAAGAGGGUCCUGGAGGAGACAGAUCGACUGGUCAACCAGACCUGCAACAGUCUUCCUGGACCUGAGACUGUGGAAUAUUUUGAUCAACUUUCAGAUGGCUUGUGUAAAGUGGCAGACCUGGCUGACUUUGUAAAAGUGUCCCAUCCAGAUCAAUCCUACCGUGAGGCAGCAGAGAAGACCUGUAUGGAAAUUGGCACUGUAGUAGAAAAGCUGAACACUAACGUUGAACUUUGCAAUAGUCUAAAGAAUUUGUUGAAGGACCCGGAGGUCUCGUCUAAACUGGACCCAGAUACAAGGACAGUUGCAGAAUUGUUCAUGUUUGACUUUGAGAUCAGUGGAAUUCACCUGGAUGAGAAACUGAGAAAAGAGGCAGUAGCUCUUCAUGUCAAGCUCCUGGAUCUGAACCAUGAAUUUCUGACUGGUUCUCACUUGCCAAACAGAAUAGCAAAGUCAGCCAUACCAGAGAACCUUCACCGUCACUUCGCUAAAGAGGGGACUUUUAUUCAGAUUGGGGGGCUUCAUGCUGAUUCCCCUGAUGACAUGGUGCGAGAGAUCGCCUAUAGAAUCUUCCUCUACCCUAAUGCAGUUUUGAUGGAGUGUUUAGAGGAACUGCUGAAAUACAGAAACAAACUGGCCAAGCUAUUGGGCUAUGAAACGUACGCACACAGGGCCUUGAAAGGUACCAUGGCAAAGACCCCAGAGAACGUGAUGACGUUUCUACAGUUGCUAACAGAAAAACUUUCUGAGAGAACAGCCAAAGACUUGGACAUGAUGAAAGGCAUGAAGACUAAACUCAACCCUCGUAAUGCAGAGCUAAUGCCAUGGGACCACCCAUACUUCAGCAGUGUUUUGCGUGCCGAAAGGUUCAACAUUGAGCCCAGCCUGUACAGCCCCUACUUCUCCUUGGGGGCCUGCAUGGAGGGUCUGAACAACCUCUUCACUCAGCUGUACGGGGUCUCCCUCAUGUCGGAACCCCCCAAAGCAGGGGAGGUGUGGUGCGAGGACGUCCGCAAGCUGGCUGUGGUCCACGAGACAGAGGGGCUGAUGGGAUAUAUCUACUGUGACUUCCUUCACCGAGCAGAUAAACCUCAUCAGGACUGUCACUUCACCAUCCGUGGCGGGCGGAGGUGCCGGGAGAGUGGUCAGUACCAGCUGCCCGUGGUGGUGCUGAUGCUGAGCCUGCCCCACCCCACCAAGAGCGCCCCCACCCUGCUCACCCCGGGCAUGAUGGAGAACCUGUUCCACGAGAUGGGCCACGCCAUGCACUCCAUGCUGGGGAGAACACGCUACCAGCACGUCACGGGAACCCGAUGUGCCACUGACUUUGCAGAGGUGCCCUCUAUUCUCAUGGAGUACUUUGCCACCGACUACCGCGUUGUGAGCCAGUUCGCCCGCCAUUAUAAAACGGGACAGCCUCUGCCUCAGACCAUGGUGACCCGUCUGUGUGAAUCCAAAAAAGUAUGUGGCGCUGCCGAUACCCAACUACAGGUUUUCUAUUCUGCCUUGGACCAGAUUUACCACGGCAAUCCUCAAAACAGGUCAACAAUCGAUCUCCUAAAGGACAUGCAACAGAAAUUCUAUGGCCUGCCUUAUAUCCCAAACACGGCGUGGCAGCUGAGAUUCAGCCAUCUGAUUGGCUACGGAGCCAAGUACUACUCUUACCUCAUGUCGCGGGCGGUGGCCUCCAUGCUGUGGAAGCAUUGUUUUGUCCAAGAUCCUCUUAACAGGGACAUGGGAGAGCGCUACCGCAGAGAGAUGCUGGCUCAUGGGGGUGCCAAGGAGCCCAUGCUGAUGGUAGAGGGGAUGCUGCAGAAGAGGCCGACAGUGGAGGACUUUGUGGACGCCCUGGUGUCUGAGCUCAACCCUGACUUUGAGACCUUCAUCAUGGACUCUGAGGGCUGACACAAUUCCGUCCGGGUAGAGAACGUCUUGGGAAAAGAACUACAUAUCCCACGAGGCAAUCGAAGGCCGGUGUCCCUCCAGGUAGAACACAGGGAGGACACUGAUACUUGUCAAACGGCACUUUAUUGUUGUUGAAUGUCACUGAAGUCUCAAUUUAAAAUAUGUUUCUUUCCUGCAUAUACAUCCAUAUGAACUACUGUGGUACUAUGAAUUACAGAGGACAUGUGGUUCAUAAAACUUUCAGCCAAUUAUACAGUACUACAAAUAUUACAGUAUUAUGAAUGACUAUCAUAAAAGUGCAGUGUAAUGUACUGGAUUUCUAGAAUUUACUAUCCUGUAAAGCAGAAUAUUGCUUUGUUGUGGUUAUGUGAUUUUCUCCAUACUUUUCUUAAUAAAAAUGAAUCGACAAUCUGACUAAAUUCCUCCAA